AUUGAGCUUUUCGCAGUCUCGUUUCGAUCUGAAUAUUUUGAACUGUGAUUUUGUUUCAAAUCAAUUGAUUGAUUAUUGAUUGAUUAUUGAUUGAUUGAUUUAUUAUUGAGUAGUUACGUUGCAUAUUUUUGGUAAUUAAUUGGACCAAACAUUUCUAUGAUGCUGGAACAGUGUGUAAUAUCGAACCAAUCGAACAUGACCCUUUCAUAUGGAUAUCAAGAUCAACCAAAUGAUGAUUAUUACUGUAAUGAUCAGGAAGUUCACUUUUCGGGUAUGUACUGGUACAAUAAUCGUUGCAUUUGAAAGAUAGUGCAUCUUGAGAUGUUUUACUCCUGUGCAGUAUGAUCUUUGUCUUGUUGACGAAUCUGAUUGCCCUAUAUUAUAACGCUGUAAAAUUCGCCAGCAUCAAAGCAAACUCUAAGAAGAAUGAUGGUCGUCUUAACCUUCUAUAUUGGGCAGCUGGAGAAAGCAAUUUAACGUCCGACGAUAUAUUUUAUUUGAGCGGGAUUAUCACCAAUCUGACAAAACUACCAGCCGAAAGUAGGACCUCAAUCCUCAAACAGUUGUUUUACCAAACAAAUCCUACUGAAUUGACAUCUGGGCUAAUUAUCAAUGCCGAUGGUACACUUGGAAAUACAAUUCAGAUUUCAAUUCCAAAUGUACAAAUCAACAGAGACAAACCUGUUCGCAGUUGUGGGAAUAUCCAUUAAAUUUGAAAACAACCGUGCCUUUAUUGAACUUUCUCUCAGGUUAGGAAAUAUCCACCGUCAGUUACCGUAUGAAUUAUCGGAUGCCGCAUUUCUCAGUAUUAUUUUUAAUUUAAAUAUAUUUCUUGUUGUUACCUACUUGUUUUAAGAUAUUUUCGUGCUAAUAAACAGUUCCUUUCGUCA